GACAGGCGGCAGCAGCAGCAGCAGAGUCAGCGGAGAGUCGUGCCGCACCCUUUUUGCUCCUCCUGGGACUCACAGCGCGGAUCACUCCGCACAGGUAACUACCGUUCAAACCACCGGAAGCAGGAGACAAGUCCAAACACAGGUGAAGGGGAGUAUCCACCAAGUUUGUGCGGGACAGAAAGAAAAAACUGGAAUGGAGCCUCGAUAAAAAGAGACAAAUAACAAUAACGUGCUUUUUGUUUUAAAAUAUUGUGGCGCAUUUUUACACCUGGUGCUGAGAGGGCGGUGAAAGUGCGCAGGAGGUGGCUCCAGGUACGACUGAGCAUUGUUUCUCUACUGGACGAGGAUCUGGAUUUACUUGAUAAACGAGUUCAUAGACGAAAGGAAAAGAUUGAAGACCAGCGGAUGCCAGACAGCUGUACAUUGAAAACCUCAGACCUCAAACUGCAGUCCUCACCUGUCCAGCUGAUGGCAUGCCAAUCGCCAACACACCAAAGAGGGAAGUCUGAAUGAUGCCCUAGACCUCACCCUCUGCUCGCUGUCUGCAACGUCACUCUCUUCCCUGCCUACUUCAGCUCUUCUCUGAUCAGACAUCCACCGGAUAUCUCAACAUGGAUACAGAGACCAUCGACCUAGACGGAUGCUACUACAACAAGAGCAUCAAAUUUUUCUAUGAGCAGAGUGGAAAGAACAUUAGCGACCACUGGAGCACACGUAGCUAUGUGAUUGUCGCUCUGGGCAUGACGGUCUGCUUCGUCGUCAUCUUUUCCAACCUUUUGGUCAUAGGCGCCAUUUUAAAAAACAGACGUUUUCACUACCCUAUCUACUAUCUGCUGGGUAACCUGGCUCUGGCUGACCUCUUCUCAGGUGUCUCCUACCUCCACUUGAUGUUUCAUACUGGUCCCUGGACCAUUAAGCUCUCUAAGUUCCAGUGGUUUGUGCGACAGGGGCUGAUCGACACCAGUCUGACAGCCUCGGUCCUCAACCUCCUGGCUGUGGCCGUGGAGCGUCACCAAACCAUCUUCAACAUGCAGCUGCACAGUAAGAUGAGCACCCGGCGUGUUUUUGUCAUCAUUGUGUUCAUCUGGCUGGUGGCCAUAAUCAUGGGCCUGGUUCCCACCAUGGGCUGGCACUGCCUGUGCGACCUGCCGAACUGCUCCACCAUGGCGCCGCUGUACAGCCGCAGCUACCUGGUGUUCUGGGGCGUCCUCAACCUGCUGACCUUCUCCAUCAUGGUGGCCGUCUACACCCGGAUCUUUAUCUACGUGAGGCACAAGAGCAAGCAGAUGUCGCAGCACACUACCCAGAUAAGACACAGAGAGACGGUGUUAAACCUGAUGAAGACCGUGUCCAUGAUCCUGGGCUGUUUUGUGUUAUGCUGGACGCCUGGCCUGGUCAUACUGCUGCUCGACGGCCUGGGCUGCGACUCGUGCAAGGUGCUGCGAUACGAGAAGUACUUCCUGGUGCUGGCCGAGUGCAACUCCUUCGUCAACCCCAUCAUCUACUGCUUCAGGGACAAAGACAUGAGGAGGACCUUCAGGCAGAUCAUGUGCUGCCUUCGGGGCCGCGACCGCAAGAGCACCUCUGGAGUUCACUUUAACACCCUGGAGCACGAGAACUAUAAGUCUCGUAUUGCCGAGCCAACAGAGAGCAACGGUGCACUUCUCAUCCGGGACGAAUCAGAAGACGUCCCUGCCCCUUCAGAAACCUGAAUGAACUCAAACAACGAGGAACAUUCAACACACUCGAGUCAUG